AUGUGCACGCUUGAAGAUUAUGAUCGUAUAAAGAUGUUUUUAAUCAUAGAUGAUUAUUUUCAGGAAGAUCAUGAAAAACUAAAACAAGAGAUAGAAAAGUUGCAAGAAAAUAGAAAUAGAGAGGAAAAAAGACUCGAUGAACUAAGAAAGCAAAUUGAGGCAAAUGAGGGGAACGAUGAAAGUAAAAAAAGGAAACGCAAAAAAUUAGAAAAAGAAUAUGAAGAGUUGCGAAAAACGCUAGGUAUUGGUGAAGAACUUAAGGAAGAUGCGGAAAGGGCAGAAGAUUCCAGUGAGAACACAUCAUCGUUUAAAACGGAUGAAAACAUAUAUUUAAAUACACAACAUCCGGAAGUAAAAUCAAUUCAAAAGGACCAGUACGGUGUCUAUGAACAAGUUAAAAAUAUAAAAACAAUUGAAGAACGCAUGCAGAGAAGAAAGAAAAUUGAGUUGGAGGCAGAAGAAGCAUUUACUACUGCAAUGGCCAAUUUAUGUGAAUUAGAAGCAGAUACUGAUGACAUGACGAAACGAAUGGCCAAUCCAGUUAUUCAGAAAUUUGAGGAAGAAUUAAAGCUAAUUCGGAAGAAAAGUAGCAAAGAUACAAAAAUGCUGAAAACAAAAAUAGUAAAAUUGGAAAUGCAAACAAAUACAAUUGAUAGGAUGCGUGAAAUUUGUGUAACAGCGGUGGCAGAAUUAAAUUUAACCACCAAAAGGAUGCUUUUCGGUUUGAUGGGCAUUGUAGUGAACAUUUUACGAAACGCUUUAUAUAUUAUUGCGUGGAUACGUGAUUCACUAGAGUUAAUGAAAUCGUUAUGUGCUCCGGUAUUAGCUAUACAAAAAAGUGAUGGAUUUGCUGAUCGCCCUCUUCUGCUAGCCAGUAAUGGUUGCAUGGUUGAUUCUUAUCAGAAGGAUCAUAAUGAAUUGUUAUUUUUACAACAGCAAACGUGUGUUUUUGAAGAAAGAAAAUGCAAUAUAUAUGGAUUAACUUAUCUUGAUAAACGAGAUGUUUUAUUUGCCUAUGGCGAAAAAUUGGUAGCUGUGAUACGUCAGUUUUCCAGCAUUCCGCAGAAACAUGUAUUUACCUUUAAGGAUUGGAUCCAAGCCGUGCAUGUUUUUAAUAAACAAGAGGAGCCGGGUCAUUCUGUAGAGUUAGUAACAUUGAGCGUCAAUAAUGCAGUACAACUUUUCCGGUUGGAUGUUUUCGAUGGAAGUUCAGAUGUGGAUAUUAGAGAAGUGGUAACUGUGAGAUCAGAUCAUCAAGCUGUCAUAAUGUAUUCAGUUUUGGAUGGUGAUAGUUGGAAUACCCUUCGCACAGUAGUUGGUACCAUUGUGGGUGAUAUAAUCAUUUCGUAUCCCUCCAAGUCUUCGUCUCCUUUUCAUGUUCUAAAGCAUCAUACGGUUCGGAAUUUACGAAGCUUUCCAGAAGGAGGUAUGAUUUUCGGUUUACUCAUAAAAUGCAACCUCCUAUUUUCGAUAUCGGAUGACAGAAGCUUAAAUAUGUGGUCCUUGGAUAGUGCUUGCCAUCUGGAUGAAUGUUGUGGACAUUCAACAAGACCGUUUUCCAUUUGUGAUGGACCACGAAAUGUGGUAUUCACUGGAGGUCAAGACGGGAGCAUAUGUAUGUGGCUGUUUAGCGAAUCAUUUAUUUCACUUUUAAAGUUGAUACACACAGGAUGUGGUGUUAUCCGUUCUUUUCUGUUUUUGACUCGAGAACUGUUCUUCGGUACGGAUUGUGGUUUCUUUGGAUCUCUCACAUUUCCAGAAAAUAUAGAAGAUAUGCAAACUGUGGAUGUUAUUUUUCCAAGUAUAUCAGUGCAAUCAUUCGUUGCGCUUUCACAGCAGUGCUAUUAUAUUUUGAAUUUACAAGGAAUACUGUAUGCAACAAAUACAGUUUCCUUAAAUAAAAUACUACAAUGCCGUUCUGCUAGAUCGAACUCGCUAAAAUUAUCACCAUGCCGAAAAUACAUAGCUUUUUCAGAAGACCGAAAAUUGCAUGUAAUAAGAGUUGAAAACCGCAAAUGCGCCUUUUUUUGUGCCGUUGAUCAAAUAUUGGAUUUGUUUUGGGCUAGCAAUUGUUUAUUUCUUGUACUAUUCAACUUUAAAAAUAUACUAGUUCAUUUAUCAGAAGAUAUGUCAGAAUGGAUGAACCAUAUUUUGCAAAUGGAUCUGCAGGAAAUUAUUUCAUGUAUUGCGAUUCAUAACGACGAAAUUUUUCUCGGUACACGCAAAGGUUCGAUCGUUGUUGUGCAUAAUCUCCAGAUGAACCAGGUAAUAAAACGAGCCCAUGGUAAGGAUGGCGUUACAGAUAUGAAAUUGUAUAAAACUAAAUUACUUUCUAUUGGACGUGAUGGAAAAUUGUGCAUUUGGAAUACAGGGAAUCCACUGCAGUUGUUGUCUUGGUCUAAACCUUCCACUGCAGUCGAAAUGGAAUGGCCAAGCAGGUUUUUUGAAACGUCAAAUCAGUUAUAUGUGGCAGGAUUUCGGGGUAGCAACUUUAUUCUGGUAAAUUACGAUAAUGGACACUGUGUUUGUGAUGUGUGGUGUGGAGGAAGACGUCGCUCGUGGUCGCUGUCAGUGUUGGAGGAAAGUUCAAAUUGUAAAUCAUUGUGUUUUGAGUUUGUCAUUAAAGGAAGAAUUUCCAGAAUCGUACUUUAUAUGAAUGAUUUACAUGUAAUUAAGCCUAAUUUACAUUUAUCCAGCAUUACAUCUAUAACGGUUAUAAAAAUUGAUCGAAAAGAAUUAUAUGUUACUGGUGGUAUUGAUGGUAUGCUUGUCUUGUCCAGAUUUAUUAAUUCAGAAUCUGUUGAAGUAAUGCAACGAUUACAAGCUCAUUCAUCUUCAGUGUACUGUGUUUUUGCAAUAGAUCGAUACCUUAUUUCCGUUGGAGGAAAAUCUGAAAUUUUCAUUUGGUGCUUAAAAGCUGGAAACUUGCAGCAAUUAUUUAACACUCGUAUAAAAAGGGAUUGUAGAUUAUUAAGUGCUCAAUUUAUAUCAGUCAAUCCUUGCAUUCGAUUUCUGGUUUCAUGCUCCGAUGGAAGAUUAAUGAUUUACGAGUUAAGCAGGACCUUGGAUUCAAAAAAGCAUUUAGUUUUGUUUGAAUCGAUUAACGAUGAUGGAAUUAUGGUUAAGGUUUCUUGCGCUUCUUUAAAUGAUAGCUUUCUAUGCGGUGCUAUCUCAUCUACAGGAAUACUAUACAUCUGGAAUUUUUCCGAAUCAGUUGAUGUAAAUGAUCAGAGAAGGAUAGAAGUGGAAAAGUGUGGACUUAGUGCAUUGGACAUGUGCAGCGAAAAUGAGCUUCUUUAUGUUGGUGUGGGCUCUGAAUCUGGCGCUAUUAACAUAUUUCAAAUCAAGAAAAAUUGGGAGCUCGUGAAAAGUGUCAAUUGUUGGCAUGGUGCCACGUGCACAGACUUGCGUCUUCACCGAACCUCAGAAUCAUUUUUGGUAUUUUCAAUAGCAUUAGACUGCAGGUUAGCAGUAUUUGUCUAUUCUCCUGCUCUUCAAACGUUGACUUUCCAGCAGUCUGUGUUAUUAAACGUUGCCGAUCCCUCAUCGUUAAUCGUCUCGACUGUCAAUAAUAAUAUGGUGAAGUGUGUCAUAGCAGGCACAUCAAUCUGUCUUGUUCACUUCAACAAAUCUGCUCCGCACUUUUAUGAUGCGAUAGCUGAGAGUUGA